AUGACCCCCGAAUCAGCAGCCGCCGCCCGCGGCACAACCACACCGGCCGUCCCCUCGCGCAACGCCCUUCGGGUCCUGCGACGUUUGGCCCUCGCCGGAUCUACGGUGGGCGGUUUCUGUACCAUUGCGGCCGUGACCUACGAUGUGCACCGCCGGGUCACCAUCGCCGAACGCAUCGUCGAGAACAAGCGCGCCCUCCAUGCCUCCGCCCCCAACUACGAUGCCACGGCCGCCGCGAGGAGGCUUGCUCGCAUGAUGGAGGCCGCUGAGGCUGGCGAGUUCAUGGGGCUGGAGUCCCUGAAGGACCAGGAUCGCCGCGCUGCAUCACCGACAACACCAACACCGACGCCCACGCCAGAAGUGAUCAGUCCUCCGUCCGACCGCACAACAGCAACAGCAACAACAAGUUCUUUUCAGGACAUGUAUAUCUCCUUACCGGGCGGUGGUGGGUCGUCGCCCGCUUUGGCGGAGAAGCUGCUGAGAGAUACGAGACCGGGCCCGUUGAACCCGCAGAUGCAGACUCCUGGGCUUGCUGAUGGCCUGGGUUCUCUUGGCAGUAGCGGCAGUAGCGGCAGUAGCGCGAACGAGUUUCAAAAGGCCGCGCCCGGCACACUCGGGAAUAGUCUUACGGAUGAGAAGGCCCUGAUGGAUACUUUGGACAAUCAGCCGGUUACGUGGCAGAUGCAAUGGUUGCUGACCAAUGACCGCCCUGUGUACGCGGCGCAGUUGUUCCUCGACACGCACCCCGAGACACACCAGCACUUGGCUCCGCAACGACGGCAGCUGGCGGAGCAGGUGUUUUUCGCUAACUGCACGGCCGGGAAUGUGCAUCUGGCUCGGAAUGUCUUUGAGCGGGUGGAAGCGGUGGACCAGGUCUCCUUUGAGAUGUGGAGGACCAUGAUCCUGACGCUGGCGAAGAAGGGUGCCAUCGAAUCGGCGGCUGCGAUCUACACGCGCUACAUGCACAGGUUCAAGGCUUCCCCGGAGAUGAUUGACAUUGUGCUCCGCUGUCUGGUCGAGUCGCACCGACUGACCACGGCGAAAUGGUUCCUUCUCCGGAAUCUGCAGUAUGAUCGCGGCUGUGGCCUGUGCGGAGCGUACCUGACGGGACUCUGGAGGAAGACGAGAAGCAUAGAGCUGCUCAACGGUCAACUGAGCAAGCUGCUGCGCGUCCUCAUGCGUCUCGGGAAGAAGCCUACCGAUAAACUGUUCAAUCCGGUCAUCAAGGCUUACGUGGAAUUCGGCCGUCUCGCCGACGCCGAGGCCCUGGCGAACGAAAUGACGGUGAACCAUGGAAUCCCGCCUCGCUGCCGGACCAAAGGGCUCCUGUUGCUGGGCAAGGCCCUGCAGUGCGAUUGGGAGGGCGUCCGUGCCGGCUUCGAAGAAAUGCACAAACUCCGCUUGGUGUAUAGAGUGGCCGAUUUCAUCCCGGUCUUUGACCGCAUCUUCCUAGAAUACUGGCCGACGCACACUGCGGAGGAGAUCCGCACAUGGUUGUAUGGCUACCUGACCGAGUUCGAGAUUGUCCCCGAUCGGGUCCUGUACAAGCACAUUCUGGAGGCCUUGGUGCAGAAGGGCGACCGGGACAUGGUCUAUGAGUUUCUGCGCUUUGCUAAGGAACGCAAAUGGCCGAAGCUCAUCAAUGAAUUUGCAUUCCUGGAAAUGCUGCGAUCCCAGCGCCACGCGCUCGAGCAUUCGCCGAUCGGUUUCUGGCAGAUGCUGCAAGCCGCACGCAUGAAGUACGGCCAGGCCGCCGCGUCCCAGCGGAUUCUGGGGUAUGAUCAGCACUCGUUCCCGAGUCCGGAGGUGAACAAGAUGCCGUUCACCGAGGACUCCUUGCCCUUCUUCCAACGGAUGCAGCAAGAAACACAGACGUCGAGGCCGGUGGAUCAAUAUCAGAAAGUCCACCGGCUGAUGGUGCAUUACAUGCAUAACGGCAAAUUCGUCGAAGCGCUGAAGCGGUACGAGGCUGCCAAAGCUGCGAGGUUCCACUUCAAGCAGGUGCACGUGGAGCUGGCCGUCAUCGCUACCAUCAUUGAGAAGGGCAUCGAGGCCGCCCGAGAGCUGAUCGACUCCAACUGGAGGAGCAUUCGCAAUGUGACCCGGUUCCUCCCCCAAUUCUUCCGGCAGGUGACCGAGAUCGACACGGAGGCCACGAACGAACAUAUCAAGCUCGCCGUCUUCCGCUUCUAUGAGAUCUGCUCGUCAGGGAAGGACAUGACCGUCAAGCACCACAUGCUGGUUGCGCUCUGUCGGCGCCUGAUCCACGAAGACAAGCCCGACCUGGCCCUCGAGCUUCUGUCCGCGAUCUAUAUGUCCCGCUACCGGCACACCCUGGCCUUCGAUGGGCCUUGUCUGAAGAUGUUUCUCCGGGCGUUUACCCUGGCCGACAAUCCCCUGGGUGUGCGGUGGUGCCUCAUGACGGCGUUGACGUGGCCGAAGAUCGACACCGACUUCACCAUUGAAGUGCGGCGGAUCAUCGGGCGGUUGCGCCACCGCACGGAAAGCAAUCUCACCAACAUGCACUACAUGAUCGAACGCGAGGAAUAUCUCACCCACGUGGCCGACAUGGUUAUCCGGAAGGUCGAAGGCAAGGAUGCCUCCACAACGUCGGAUGUGAUCCACAACCCCCGACUCAAGCAAUCCAAGCGCAACAUCAUCAAGCGUCCCCCUACCGCGAUCAAAGUCUACCGACUGGAUGAAGUGGACAAGGCGGUCACCGAGUGGGACGAGGAAUAUGAAUUGCACGCCGCGCUGGGACAGAUCCAGAAUGUGCGCGUGCGGGCUAUUGCCAACCUUACGGAGGAGCAGUACCUGGAGCAAUACCUGGAGCACGGCCACCCUCUCCCUUUCGACUACUCUUCUUCCGUGUUGCAAACGAAAUAUGCCCUGCGCUCUCUUCCGAACUACCUCGUCUCGUCGAAUUUGACCCCUUUCGCCUUCUCCCAUCGCACAAUGGCCACCGCGGUCGCCAAUGGCCACGCCACCCCCUCCGCUGAUGCGGCCAGACAACGGAGACAGAUUCACCACGCCGCCGACGUCGUGAUUGUGGGCGCCGGGAUUCUUGGAUGCGCCCUCGCCGUGACACUGGGGAGACAAGGCCGGAGUGUGCUGCUACUGGAGAACUCGAUGAAGGAGCCCGAUCGCAUCGUGGGCGAACUGCUGCAGCCCGGUGGUGUCCAGGCCCUGGAGCAGCUUGGUCUUGCCGACUGCCUGGAGGACAUUGACGCGAUCCCCGUCGAGGGCUACUACAUCACAUACCACGGCCAGCCGGUGGAGAUUCCGUACUCGCAGGCCUCGCCGACGACGCCGCCGCCCCGGGGCCGCUCCUUCCACCACGGCCGGUUCGUGAUGAAGCUCCGCGGCGCCGCGCUGGCGUGCCCCAACGUCACGGUGGUCGAGACCAAGGCCACGGAGCUGGUCACAUGCUCGCACACCAAGCAGGUCCUGGGUGUCGAGUGCGUGACCAAGGACGGCAAGGCGGACUGCUACUUCGGCCACCUCACCGUCGUGGCGGACGGCUACGCCUCCAAGUUCCGCAAGCAACACCACGCCCGCACGCCCGAGGUGCGCUCGCGCUUCUGGGGGCUGGAGCUGAUCGACCCCGUCAUGCCCAAGCCCUACUACGGCCACGUGCUGCUCAGCGACGACGCCCCGAUCCUCAUCUACCAGAUCGGCACCCACGAGACCCGCAUCCUGAUCGAUAUCCCGGAAAACUGCCCCUCGGCUUCCGUCAAGAACGGCGGCGUCAAGGCCCACCUGCGCAACGUCGUCCUCCCCUCGUUGCCGGAAUCCGUCCGCCCCUCCUUCGAGGCCGCCCUCGAGAAGGGCCCGCUGCGCUCCAUGCCCAACUCCUACCUGCCCAGUGCGCGCAACCAGACCCCCGGGCUGGUCAUCCUGGGCGACGCCCUCAACAUGCGCCACCCGCUGACCGGCGGCGGCAUGACCGUCGCGUUUAAUGAUGUUGUGGUCCUGCGCGACCUGCUGAGUCCCGAGCGGGUGCCCAGCUUCAGUAACACCGAGAAGGUCAUCCAGCAGCUGUCCUCGUUCCACUGGCAGCGCAAGAACGGAUCCUCAGUCAUCAACAUCCUUGCAAUGGCGCUGUACAGUCUUUUUGCUGCGGACGAUGAACACCUCCGCGCCCUCCAACGCGGCUGCUUCCGCUACUUCGAACUGGGCAUGACGGCCGGCCCCGUGGGCCUGCUGGCGGGCAUGACCCAGAAGCCCGCCGUGCUGUUCGGCCACUUCUUCACCGUGGCCUUCCUGUCGCUGUGGCUGCUGGUCGCCGAGUCGCCCCUGUACAAACUGCCGCUGGUGCUGUGGCAGUGUGUCAUGGUGUUCUGGACGGCAUGCGUGGUGAUUUUCCCGUACAUGCUGAUCGAGGCUUUCUGCUGA